AUGGUCGUGAAUCCCGACGUUCAAGCCAAGGCCCAGCAAGAACUCGACUCUGUUCUCGGUCACGCCACUUUACCGAAGAUGUCAGAUAAGAAUCGACUACCGUACAUCAGGAACGUGAUAGACGAAGUGUUUCGGUUGUAUCCCGUUUUGCCGAUGGAAGCUAUAUCCGAUGUUCUUGAGAAACGCACAGCGUCUUACUCAUCCCGACCACCCGUACCCAUGGUCAAAGAUCCUUCAUUGAUGAACUGGCCGGGAAACCUCCCGCUGAUGGAAUAUGGGGAUGCCUGGAGGCACUAUCGUCGAAUAAUGAACAAUUGGCUUAGCAUACGCGCUGUUGCCCAGUUCAAUGACUUCCAGGAGCAGCAAGCCCGUUUCCUUCUCAGACGCCUGUUGAGUGCUACAAAUCAUGUGCAACCGUUUGAGCACAUAAAAGACGAAAUCAACUUUGCUUUGGGAUCUAUGAUGCUCCAGCUUGCCUACGGGUAUAAACCCAAGACCCCCCAGGACCCAUUUAUGAAAGAACUGCAGCUGACUGUACAUAACGUAACAUCUGCGAGCAUGCAAACAAAUUUCCUUGUUAACCUGUUCCCAGCUAUGGCAUACAUUCCAGACUGGUUUCCUGGGACUGGCUGGAAGGUCACAGCGAGAGAAUAUGGAGCACAGAAAGAAAAAGCAAGAAAGGAGCCAUAUGAAUGGGUCAAAUCUCGGGUGGCCACAGGAACACAUCAAACCUCUAUUAUCGGCUCUUUACUUCAAGAUCACGAGCUAUUAUCUGGAUCGAGUGCUGCCGAACGGGAAGAGUGGUUAAAGGAAAUCGGAGUCACAACAUUUGGAGCCGGAGCAGACACUUCUACCACUCUUCUCAUCAAUUUUAUAUUCGCAAUGGUCGUAAAUCCCGAUGCACAGGCGAGGGCGCAGAGAGAGCUCACCUCUCUUCUCGGUCAUGCCGUUUUACCGAAAAUGUCCGACAAGAAGCGACUACCAUACAUCAGGAACCUAAUCGACGAAGUGCUCCGAUUGUAUCCCGUUAUGCCGUUUGGGCUGUGGGUCGUGAUCCCCGUCAUUACAAAGAUCCUGAAGUGUUUGAUCCCGAUAGGUUUCUGGACCCCGAGGUUCCACGUCCAUCAGCCUUUGGAUGGGGUAGACGGUGAGUACAUCCUCCAAACAAUUGAUCUCAAGUACGAGCGGCAUCCCACCAACCAAUCGCUGUGUAUGGCUACCAGCAAAUGUCCCGGCUUUCAUUUUGCAGAAGACUCGGCGUUCAUUAUCGCUGCAUCGAUGCUUUCGAUCUUUACUUUCUUACAGAAGAAAGACAUUAACGGUGAUGUUAUUGUACCUCAAGCCGAACCGGAGCGUAACUCUAUGAUAUUUGAGUUAAAGCCAUUCGAAUUUGAGCUUAGGUUGAGGUCAGAAGAGCACCGGCAGCUCGUGCUCAGUACCAGUGCCGAUGGAAUAUGA